CUUCCUCCCAAGGAGAGAGAGUAAGGCUACGCCCCAGCGGACCGGCAGCCGGCUCGCGUCAUAGGAACUUCAGCACCCACAGGGCGGACAGCGCUCUCCUCCACCUGAGGACCUGACACCCGAGCGCCUGGAGCCUUUCUAAUCGCUUUACUCGUUAGCCGCGCGGAGCUCCACCGGCAGCUGGGUCCCUGUCACUCACCCUCCCUUCACCCUCCCUCCUAGCUCUUCCUGUUUUUACUCCUCCUUUUCAUUCAUAACAAAAGCCACAGCUCAGAGAGCCCGGCGCCAGGCACUAAGCCAAGAGUGGAAGAAUGGGGUUCCUUUGGACCGGCACUUGGAUUCUGGUGUUGGUGCUCCAAAGCAGCCCAGUUCAAGCUUUCCCCAAGCCAGGAGGUAGCCAAGACAAACCUCUACAUAAUAGCGAACUAAGUGCAGAAAGACCUUUGAAUGAACAGAUUGCUGAAGCAGAAGCAGACAAGAUUAAAAAAACAUACCCUCCAGAAAACAAUCCAGGUGAAAGCAAUUAUUCCUUUGUUGAUAACUUGAACCUACUAAAGGCAAUAACAGAAAAGGAAAAUAUUGAGAAAGAAAGACAAUCUAUAAGAAGCUCCCCAUAUGAUAAUAAAUUGAAUGUGGAAGAUGUUGAUUCAACCAAGAAUCGAAGACUGACUGAUGAUUAUGAUUCUACUAAGAGUGGAUUGAAUCAUAAACUUCAAGAUGAUCCGGAUGGCCUACAUCAACUAGAUGGAACUCCUUUAACUGCUGAAGACAUUGUCCAGAAAAUUGCUACCAGGAUUUAUGAGGAAAAUGACAGAGGAGUAUUUGACAAGAUUGUUUCUAAACUGUUGAAUCUCGGUCUAAUCACAGAAAGCCAGGCACACACACUAGAAGAUGAAGUAGCAGAGGUUUUACAAAAAUUGAUCUCAAAGGAAGCCAACACUUAUGAGGAGGAACCUAAUAAACCCACAAGUGUGACUGAGAGUCGGGCUGGAAAAAUACCAGAGAAAGUGACUCCAAUGGCAGCAAUUCAAGAUGGUCUUACUAAUGGACAAAAUGAUGAAACAGUAUCUAAUACCUUAACCUUGACAAAUGGCUUGGAAAGGAGAACUAAAAUCUACAAUGAAGACAAUUUUGAAGAACUCCAAUAUUUCCCAAACUUCUAUGCACUACUCAAAAGUAUUGAUUCAGAAAAAGAGGCAAAAGAGAAAGAAACACUGAUUACGAUCAUGAAAACCUUGAUUGACUUUGUGAAGAUGAUGGUAAAGUAUGGCACAAUAUCUCCAGAAGAAGGAGUUUCCUACCUUGAAAACUUGGAUGAAACUAUUGCUCUUCAGACCAAGAGCAAGCUAGAAAAAAAUGUUACUGACAAUAAAAGCAAACUUUUCCCAGCACCAUCAGAAAAGAGUCACGAAGAAACAGAUAGUACUAAGGAAGAAGCAGCUAAGAUGGAAAAGGAAUAUGGAACCUUGAAAGAUUCCACAAAAGAUGAUAACCCAAGAGGAAAGACAGAUGCGCCAAAAGGAAAAACGGAAGCCUAUUUGGAAGCCAUUAGAAAAAAUAUUGAGUGGUUGAAGAAACACAACAAAAAAGGGAAUAAAGAAGAUUAUGACCUUUCAAAGAUGAGGGACUUCAUCAACCAACAAGCUGAUGUUUACGUGGAGAAAGGCAUCCUUGAUAAAGAAGAAGCCGAUGCCAUCAAGCGUAUUUACAGCAGCCUGUAAAAAUGGCAAAAGAUUCAGGAGUCUUUAGACUGUUUUAGAAAACAUAGCUUAAAACACUUCUAAUUCUGUGAUUAAAGUAAUUUGAAUCAAGGAUUUUUAGAAAGUGAUGAAAGUGCAGUAGUUAACCUUUUAGAAGUGGUCAAACAUAGCUUUCUUGCCAUAAAAAUGAUUUGAGAAGUAAAGGUGUAUGUAAUCUGAGAUUUUGUAUAUAGAAUCCUUAUUUCCUUAUAGAUCUACAUUUUAUAAUCAGAGAUAAUGUUGCUUUGGAAAGCCUGGAAUGGACUGAAUUUAAAACAGAAGCUUCUUCCUGCUGUGUCACACACACAGACACCCCCUGAAGAAUUAGGGGGUCCUAUUUACAAGGCAUGCUGGAUAUCACAACACCUCAUAGAAUAUGUCUGUUACAAAAUGUCAUUUCCACCACCAGUUCCCUUUUGGGAGUUAAAAUAAAUUAACAUUUCCUCAAAGCCUAA